GUUGAUGCUCAUUGCUCUGAGCAACGUAGCUUGAUCAUCGCGCACAGGUGCAUAAAGCCAAUUAUCAAAGUCUGCUGAAGGAUUGUUUUUUAGCUUGGAACAAAAAACAGCAGUGCUGUGGUCAUGGGAUCGAAGAAAGCGUGCGAGCAUUACUGGAAGCCCUUCAAAAACGACUGUGAAGAGUUCCUGGGCUGCUUCCAGCAAACAGAGACUGUGCGUUAUGAAGAGUUUUCCGUCAUCUGGAGAGAGAUGGAUUUCUCCAGUGUGUUUUUUGGAAACCAGUCUCACCAUGAGAAGAAAUCCUUCACUCGGCUUGCUCUCACCAUAGUCUGCAAUUACUUUAUACCCCCAUACAGCUUUCAAAUCAGAGUAGGUGCCCUGUAUAUGCUGUAUGCCCUUUACAACCAGCAACUUGUUUGGCCCAAGGAAAAGAUCAGAGUUGCUCUGAAGGAUUGGUUCCAAAUACAACAGUUCAUCGCAGAGGCAAAAACGUGCCAGCAUUUGGAUGUUGUUUACAUCUUCUGCAGGCUCUUGUCAGAUAAGGCAUUUUAUUUCACCGCAAUGCCCAAGAAGCUGACAUUUGAAUCGAGCGAUCGGGUUCAGCAUGAUGUAAAUGAAGACUUUCGAGCCCGCAAGGACAAAGUGGCCGAACUUGCUUCUUUUGAAAUGCUGGAAGAGAUUGCAAAUGUGCAUCGCCAUUACGAGAGAAUGAAGAAUUCGUUACUUCCCCCAUCGGCAGGGGUGACGCUGCAGAACCUGGCAGGUGCAGUUCAAAAAUGCACCCUUGAGUACAAGCAGUGGCAGGAACAGAUUGCAGCUGCUAGGAGUAAAGAUGCUACAAAGAAGGAUGCCAACCAGAAGUCAGAGUCCUCAGAUAGAGCAGAUAUGCUUGCUGCCAUCAAAUCCAAAUCAUAUGGUCUUCUGACAAAGGAAUCAAGAUCAAGGCGUCACAGACAGAUCGAGAGGGUCACGACAGGCUAUGGAACUGAAUUCCGAUUUCAUCGCAAAAAGAAGCCCCCCUCUCUUAGAGCCAGAACCUACCGAACUCUUGGCGACCCAGGGGAAUCAGAACAGACACAGGAAUGGCUUCUGAGUGUGAUGGCGGAAGACAAGAACGCACGUAAGUCCUGUCUCGAAAUAAAUGGGCUAUGUUCAUAUUUGUGUUAUGAUGUGGUAUCUAAGAUGUACUUUUAAUUCUUUCUAUUUCAGUCAAACGCAGAGAUCUUAAAAGAUUCAACUGGUCAGAGACAGAGUAAUUAUUCUGAGACGUUAUUUGAAAUGGCAAAUUUCCUGCCUUGGCUCAUAUCUAUUGAUACAUAUUGUUUUUUUACUAUUUUGUUGUUAGAAAGUAUUUAAUUAGCUUUUGUGUG